AAGAUCAGGAAAAGGGUGGAAAAUACGCAUACGCACCAUUCUUUUUUUUGAGUUGGUAUAAAAGCAGGGGUUCAAGACUUGAUAGACAUCAAACACACUUUAAGUUUUGACAAACUAACAAGUCACUAAUUUAAUAAACUUUGCAAAAAUGUUCAAAUUGAUUGUAUUGUCCGCUGUUCUCGCCGUAGUUGCUGCCCGUCCAGGACUUCUCGGAGCUGCUUCCGUUCUAGAACCAAUCGGCUCAAUUGUGCGUACCAUUCCCACAGCCAUCUCACACUCUAGUCAGACCCAAGUGCACAGCAGUCCAAUUGUCACUUCAGUUGUGUCCCCAGUAAUUAGGACUAUCGCUGCUCCAACAAUCAUUCGCAGUUCACCCAUUCUGACUGCUGCACCAGCUUCUCUUCUUGGUUCAGCUUCAAUUAUCUCAGCUGGCGGACCAAUUCUAAGUGCAGGCUCACCCCUCUUGGGCUCAGAUUUGGGUUUGGGCUUGGGUCUGGGAUUGAAAUUGCAUUAAGUUGCAAGUCGUUCAUACAUCAUCAUCGCCAUUCGGAGUUAUUGUUGUUAGAGUGUUCUUAAUUAAAGGAAAUUAUAAGCGCCAUGCAAUAGAUUUUGAACAAAUUUACAUAAAGACUUUUUAUUUA